AUGGACAAAAAGACUGAGAAAAGGCCAGGACCGUCUGGGGAGCGGCUUUUGAAAUCGUUUGACGAAGAAUCGAGAGAUAAUGAUUCUGUCACGCUGUGGAAAGAGAAAACUCCAUGGUAUCGCUCUGGCCAUCUGAGGAUACUAUUUAUCGGAGGACUAAUCAUCCUCGCCCUCGGCAUAACGGAUAUAAUACAAUUCGUUAAACUUUCAAAACGGCAUCCUGCCACAGUUGUUACCUUCGAGCCGGGUGAAUCUGGGAGAUGUGGUACCAAUGCAACCGAGGCGAUUGCUCGUGGCUGCGUCUUCGACUACAUGAAUUUCAGCUGGCAGCCGCCCGAGUGCUAUGAUCCUGAACUCGAUGCAAAGCAUUCCGCCAUGAUGAGAAAGGAUGGCCCGAUAAAGUGGUGGGCGGACGUCAAUCUGACACAGCCGCUACCGGAUGAUGCGGACGUCCUCAAGAUGUACACUGAGGUCUGGUCAGAGCGCAGGUUUCACUACAAACACUGCAUGUAUUCAUGGGAAAUUCUUCAUCUGAGCUAUGAUGACGGGCGACCAAUUCCCGACUUGAUGACCCAUGAACAUUCACUGCAUUGCGCCAUGGUUUUGGAUAGAGCCAUCAGAGAAGAUGAUGGCACAGAGUUGUUACUUGAGCAUGCAGCCACUUGGUACUCUGCGUGUGUCUGGCCUCGAGCAUAG